CCUCCUUUCUUCCUUCUUCCAACACUAUAUUCUGUUUGACCUACCCUUUAAUUUCAGACUCUCUUACUGAGACCAACCCGUUGAUCUAGCUGAAAGGGUUUCGAGAACCAUCAAGCUUCCCUCCCCUGUUUGGUCUGUAGGGCCAUGUCUGACUCUCUUCAUAUUUCACCGUCCCCUGUUUGGAGAACCAUCAAGUCUAGAUCUGCACAUGGAAGUUUCUCAUCUAAAAAUACAUUGUGUGAUAAUUCUGGUUUGCCUGUACUUGAACCAAACAAUCGUGAUAAGUUGGCUUGUAAUCUUUCUCAACGUUCAUUGACACAAAGUAUUGGGAAUGAAAUUUCUGUCCGAGUAGGUGCCUCUGAGAGUGUGCCUGGGCCCUCAAAUACCAAUUUCAAGAACAGAAAGCAACAGCCUUUUCAUUCUUCCUUUUUAAGUGAGCCGGCGAAUUUGUUGUCUAUGGAAUCAAGAAAUUUAGAUGGUAAAUGUGAAGAUCCAAUGGUGAAAUCUGUUGCCAAUUUUUCUGAAUCAGCAAAGAUUGCUAAUUCUGAGAUACCAUAUGAGAACAAGAGUGUGCCAGUCAUACAUGGAUCUGAUGGUGAUUCUUCUAGAAUGCAUAUAUUUUGUCUUGAGCAUGCUGUGGAAGUGGAAAAGCAAAUUGACGUUAUCGGAGGAGUGCAUAUGUUGCUACUAUUACAUCCAGGUGAGUUUGGUUAUGGAUGACCGGCCAUAACCAAGUACCUGGUGCAGCACAGGCGUGUGCAUAUGGAUGACCGCCCACUGAAGUGCCCAUGGAAAGGGUGCAAGAUGACGUUCAAGU